CUCAUGCACUAUUUACUGGACCAGAGUUUGCUAGCGCAUUUAUUUGUGUUUCCUAUUUACCUACUAACUAUUUAUUAUCUAAUCUGCAUAUUUGUCAUCCAUACCAUAUACAUAUGCAUAAAGAGUUCAGUAGAUUUUUACCAUGGUGUUAGUCAUCCCCGUUCAACCGUUGGUGUUCGUAUUAAAUAUUUUAUGUAGCUUGUUGCCUUGUAGAAACCCUUAUCAGUUGCCAGAGAUCGUGUAUGAUCACAGCAACGAUUUGAUCUCGGCGAAAUACUUGAACAAUAGCGGAAGUGACUAUUUUGACGUGUCAGCCGCCUUAGAGAAAAAUGUGGUACAAACGAAUCUCGGAGUUAUUGAGGGUUACUAUCAAACGACGACGGGAGGAAGAAAAAUUGGAGCGUUUGAAGGCAUUCGGUACGCAAAAGCGGAGAGAUGGGAGAAAUCUGUCCCUACACAUGGGUGGAGUGGCGUCCUCCAUGCAAAAGCUCCAGGACCGGACUGCCUACAAAUUAAUGCAAGAAAAGUUAUGAAACUUUACGGCGAGGAGGAUUGUCUGUAUUUGAAUGUUUAUACUCCAGUGAUUUCUGGAAAUAAGACGAACGCUGCUCUUCCCGUUGUUGUCUACAUUCACGGAGGCAGCUUUUUGUUUGGAACAGGACGCGAAUAUGGGGCAGCUUACCUUUUAAACGAGGACAUUGUUCUAGUCACGCUUAACUACAGGGUUGGAGUUCUGGGUUUUAUGAGCACUGGGGAUUCCGUACUACCCGGAAAUUUAGGGUUGAAGGAUCAAGUUCUUGCGAUCAAAUGGGUCAAGGAACACAUUACGGAAUUCGGCGGAAAUCCAGAGUCAAUCACGCUAUGGGGAUUUUCCGCAGGCGGCGUUGCUGUCCAUCUUCACAUGAUGUCCCCCCAGACGAAGGACCUCUUUUCUCGUGCCAUUUCUCAAAGUGCUACGGCCUUCUGUCACUGGGGGCUGCAACCUCCCUCAAGACUGCGAGGAUAUACGGAAGAGCUAGCAAAUUAUUUUCAUUGUCCGGUUAAUGAUGCCACAAAAAUGGUCAAUUGUCUCAAAGAUAUCGACCCCGUCAGUGUUGUUGCUGCACAAACGCAGAUUUUUAGAUUUUUUCCAUUUCCCGUCAUCAUUUUCACCCCGACUGUAGAACUAGAAAAUUACGACGAGUCCGCAUUUUUAACCGAAUGGCCAGAUGAACUUUAUAAAAAAGGAGAAGUUUCUAAUAAGCCGUGGAUCGUUUCAACUUCAAAGCAUGAAGGACUGACGGCCAUUAUGGCCUUAGAACUUUCGUGGCGCUGGUCGGCUGUAAAAUUGUAUUGGAAUCGUGUCGCAAAACACGUCCUUGACUUGGAUUAUCUCGGAUUACCUAACCUUAAUAAAAUUAUCAGGGAAAUCACAAGGUUUUAUUUUGGAAAUCGACAAACAACGGCUGUAACAUGGUUCGACUACUCGAAUAUGAUCACUGACCGCUACUUCCGUGUCCCAGUGAUCAAAGGAAUACAAGCACAUUCGGAAAUUGGUCCCGUUUAUCCGUACUAUUUUCCCUUCAACAGUGGAAAUUAUUCUAUGGGCGAUUGGAAUCUGCAUAGACCCAAGGAAUGGGGAGCCGGUCAUGGAGAAGAUGAGCAUUACUUCUUCAAUUCUACUGACAACUAUCCAGGAUUUAAAAGAUGGGAUGCAGAGCAUAAAUUGAGCCGAAUUAUGCUCAAUUAUGCAACUAAUUUUGUCUUUAAUGGAACGCCGUCAUACACACCUCGUUCAGAAAAUCGUGGAGAACGCAGUAUGCCAAUCUGGGAGAGGGUGACAGACCCGAAAAAAAUUUGUUUUCUACAGUUUGAUAACUCUGUAGAGACGAUUAUGCCAAAGUUGACCAGAGUAAAGUUUUGGAAUAGUCUUAACCUCUCUGAUUCAAAAUUAUGGGUAGAUUUGUGACAUAUGUAUAUUUUUCGUUAAAUUAUUACUUAUUUUGUUGAUUGAGGUGAUAUACAUAAAUAUGUACAUAUUUUUCUAAUCGAGUUGAAAUAUAUGGAAGAUAUUGGAUAAACCAU